AAAAGGGUGUGCGUUUUGAAGGUUGUAUGCAGCUAUAACAUCCCUGCUCGCAGCCACUUGGCCGGAUAACCGAAGUCCAGCGUCAGGAGCCGGAGCUGAGCACGCCCCUGGUCCUCCCCCCACCCACCCCUCCGGUUCCCCCCCUUCUCAGCUCAGCUGACCCCAAGAACAAGGUUUUGUCCUCCGGGGCGCACGGUGGAGAUGCCGCAUACACGGAUGUCAGUGUCAAGAAAGAAAGUUCAAACAUUUCCACGGUGCAUGGCAACAUGCAACGGGCCAGCAGCGGAGUGGGUUUUCCUCAAGGUCAGUGUCUGAGAACCCGCCGCCUCCAGGACGACUUUUCUCUGGCCGUUGGAGGGGAAGAAGGGGCGAGGAAGGGAUGCUGCUGUGUCUCUCUUUGCCUUCAGCGUCUACCGUCGCAUCUUUGACCGAGUAGGACGUUGAUGGUGAUUGAUAGGAGCGAGAGAGAGCUCGUGCGUAGCCAGAUGGCGGGAGGCAGCCUCGGAGAAACUCUCCCUCAGCAUCUUGGCGUUUCCUGCUUUCCUCCGGCAACGGUGCCGCUGUGUGCCCGAACACAGGCAACCACGGCCGGAGUCAAGCUAGCUAACCUCACCUGACAAGACAGAGCCGGUUUACGAGCGACCCAACCGACCGUUGGGGCCAAAAUGUCCCUUAACUACAACAACACUACAGAGUUGUAACAAACUCAACUUCCUUGAACUCGUCUGUGUGUUCGAGACGGAACUUUCACGCCGAAAUUCCUUUCGAAUCACAUAGCCUUUUUUUUUGGUGCUUUUUUUUUUGUUUUUUUGGACAACAUGCAUCUGAGGAGUUUGCCGGAGUUGGGGCUUCUCCUGCUGGCGGUGUUUGUGUUGCUGGAGGGCCCGGUGCCCUCGCUGGGAGCCUCCAACUGUAAGGAGACCGGCCACGGCGAGGGAGCGGACGGCGAGAGACAUGGAGUGGGGAACCUCAACCGCACCAAGAAGCCUUUCCCCGUGCUCAGCCUCGAAUACGACCACAUCAAAACCCCCUUUGAAAUAUCGUUAUGGGUGCUCCUGGCCUCUUUAAUGAAAUUAGGGUUCCACCUGAUUCCUCGUCUGUCUGGCAUCGUGCCGGAGAGCUGCCUGCUGAUCGUGGUGGGCCUGCUCGUCGGCGGGCUCAUCAGACUAGCUGGAGAGGAUGUUCCCCCAGUGCUGGACUCUAAACUGUUCUUCCUCUGCCUGCUACCCCCCAUCAUCCUGGAUGCCGGCUACUUUUUGCCCAUCCGUCCCUUCAUGGAGAAUCUCGGUACAAUCUUGAUGUUUGCUGUUGUGGGGACUUUGUGGAAUGCCUUCUUCAUUGGGGGUCUGCUGUAUGCUGUGUGUCAGAUCACAGCAGUCAAACUCAGCCACAUAGAGCUUCUGCCUUGCCUGCUGUUUGGCUCCGUCAUCUCGGCCGUGGACCCUGUCGCUGUGCUUGCCGUGUUUGAGGAGAUUCACAUCAAUGAGCUGCUGCACAUCCUGGUGUUUGGCGAGUCGCUUCUCAAUGAUGCUGUCACUGUGGUGCUCUACCACCUUUUUGAGGAGUAUACAGUCGUGGAGACAGUGACUGUGUUGGACGGCGUCCUGGGAGUUAUCUCCUUCCUUGUGGUCGCGCUGGGAGGCGUUCUCGUAGGAGCCAUCUACGGAAUCCUGGCUGCCUUCACCUCUCGCUUCACGUCCCACACGCGUGUCAUCGAGCCACUUUUUGUCUUCGUGUACAGCUACAUGGCCUACCUGUCAGCUGAGGUGUUCCACCUCUCGGGCAUCAUGGCGUUGAUAGCAUGUGGAGCUGUAAUGCGACCCUAUGUGGAGGCUAACAUAUCACACAAGUCCCACACAACCAUAAAGUACUUCCUGAAAAUGUGGAGCAGCGUCAGUGAGACGUUAAUCUUCAUCUUUCUCGGCGUGGCUACGGUGGACGGGGAUCACUCCUGGAACUGGACCUUCGUCACUGUCACAGUCAUACUGUGUCUGGUUGCACGGGUCAUAGGUGUGGUUGGAUUGACCUACAUAAUCAACAAGUUCCGCAUUGUCAAACUGACCACCAAGGAUCAGUUCAUCAUUGCCUAUGGUGGACUGAGAGGAGCCAUUGCCUUUUCCCUCGGCUUCCUGUUGGAUAAGGAUCACUUCCCCAUGAGACAGAUUUUCCUCACUGCCAUAAUCACAGUGAUCUUCUUCACAGUCUUUGUACAGGGCAUGACCAUCAAACCGCUGGUGGAGCUGCUGGCGGUCAAGAAGAAACAGGAAGCCAAGCGCUCUAUUAAUGAGGAGAUCCACACCCAGUUUCUUGACCAUUUACUGACAGGAAUUGAAGAUAUCUGCGGACACUAUGGGCAUCACCACUGGAAGGACAAAUUGAACCGCUUUAACAAGAAAUAUGUGAAGAAGUGCCUCAUAGCAGGCGAGCGAUCCAAGGAGCCUCAGCUGAUUGCCUUCUACCACAAGAUGGAGAUGAAACAGGCCAUUGAGCUGGUGGAGAGUGGAGGGGGCUCUAAGUUACCUUCUGCUGUGCCUUCCACUGUUUCCAUGCUUAACAUUCAGCCGAAGAAGCCAUCUGCUCCCAAACCUGCAGAGAGAGCUCUUCCACAGCUAACCAGAGGCCGCGAGGAGGAGAUCAGAAAAAUCCUCAGGACCAACCUGCAGAAGACACGGCAGAGGCUGCGCUCCUACAACAGACACACUCUAGUGGCAGAUCCUUAUGAGGAUGGAUUCAAUGACUUCCUGAAGAAGCAAAAGAUGAUGGAGCUGGAGAAGAAGAUAAAAGAGAUGACUAACUACCUGACGGUGCCUGCUGCUUCUCUGGACUCCCCCACCAUGUGUAGAUCCAGACUGGCCUCCGAUCCACAAGCGUACAACAUGAAGCCAUCGCUGGAUGGUGUGCCGACAAUCAAGGUAGACCUGGCGUCUCCGCAGUCUCCGGACUCUGUGAACCUGUUGGACGAGUUCAAACGGGCCGGCCAGGAGGGACGAGAGGACGAGCAGGGCCUGAUGAUGAAACCUCCGGCAGAGCCAAGGGGAGCAAACCAGCACGGUAAAGAGGAUGAAGCGAAAGAUCCGCAGAAGCUAAUGAGGUGUCUGAGUGACCCCGGUCCCAGUGCGGACGAGGAUGAGGAUGAACCCUUCCUGCCCUAGGGACCCUCACUGAUUAAAUGAUCUCUUUGGCUCGCCAAAACCAAACAAGACAAAACUGCUUAUGCUGUAAGAACCGGAAAUAAAAAGAAAGAGCCUGAGAAAAAGUAGAGCCAUUAGGUUAUCGUCUUAGUCGCUUUUUAUUUCCUGAGACAGGAGUGGAAGAGCCGCUGCUGGGCCUGCUGUCUCCGUUUUUUGGUUUGACAGUCUGAGAUAUUCAGGAAAGAACUAUGCAUAACCAAAGGUUUGGACUGUUUUUGUGUUAGAUAAUGUCAUAGUAAAGUCAUGUCAGUUUCUCCAUUCUUUGCACAGUUCAGUUUUUAUCAUGGUUUUACGACCUCUCUGUCUUUGAUGUCACCUCAUGGUUAAGUGUAAUUUACCAAAUCUUUUACUUUCACUCACA